GGGGGCGGUUGGGUGGCAAGGGGUCACUAUUCGUCUGUGGGCCCUGUUUGCGUUUACUUCCUUGGCCUUCAGCGUGGGUGGCCAGUUUUUUCUUUGUGCGUCAUCCUCUACCUGAGAAAUGGUCGCUUUCCCCUAGUCUAGACACGAUUUGCUUCUUUAGAAGUAUGUGAUCCGAAAAAUUGGAGACUUCUCCAAAAUCUGUAACCUUGAUGGAGGAUAAAGUUAGAUUUGGCUUUAAACAGCAGUCAUAAAAGUCAGUCUUCAAGCCUUGGAAUAAGACUUGCAUAAGAAUAUUAUGCAGUAUGGAUUCUCUACCAGAAGAAUUUUUUGUGAGGGAUCUUCCUCUGGAAGAGCAGGCUACAGAGGAAACCAAGAAAAAGGUAGAAAAAUCAACUGAUCAACUGGACAAACAGGAAAAGGACACACCUACUGAUCUUGUCCCUGUUAACCUACUAUUAGAAGUGAAGAAAUUAUUGAAUGCAAUUAACACUCUACCAAAAGGUGUGGUUCCUCACGUCAAGAAGUUCUUACAAGAAGAUUUUUCCUUCCAAACUAUGCAGAGAGAAGUUGCAGCCAAUAGCCAGAAUGGGGAGGAAAUUGUUCCUGCUUUGACCUUACGUUUCUUAAUGACACGACUGGAAGCAGCACUUAGGAACAUUCAAGCUACUAAUUAUACUGCACAUCAGAUUAAUAUUGGUUAUUACCUGACAUUACUGUUUUUGUAUGGAGUAGCACUCACUGAAAGAGGAAAGAAAGAGGAUUAUAUAGAAGCUGAGAAUAAAUUUCUAGUGAUGAAGAUGGUGAUCCAAGAAAAUGAAAUUUGUGAAAACUUUAUGUCAUUAGUUUAUUUUGGUCGUGGUUUGCUUCGAUGUGCUCAGAAGAGAUAUAAUGGAGGACUGCUAGAAUUUCAUAAAAGCUUACAAGAAAUAGGAGAUACAGAUGAUCAUUGGUUUGAUAUAGAUCCUACAGAAGAUGAAGAUUUACCUACAACUUUUAAAGACCUUCUUAAUAAUUUCAUCAGGACAACUGAGGGUAAUAUAAUGAAGCAGACCAUUUGCAGUUAUUUAGAUUGUGAGCGAUCUUGUGAAGCUGACAUUUUAAAGAACACCAAUUAUAAGGGAUUUUUUCAGUUAAUGUGCAGUAAGAGCUGCUGUGUUUACUUCCAUAAAAUUUGUUGGAAAAAGUUCAAGAAUUUAAAAUAUCCAGGUGAAAAUGAUCAGAGUUUUAGUGGAAAAAAAUGUUUAAAGGAAGGAUGUACUGGUGACAUGGUAAGGAUGCUGCAAUGUGAGGUACCUGGAAUUGUCAAAAUUUUGUUUGAAGUUGUGAGAAAGGAUGAAUAUAUAACCAUUGAAAAUUUAGGAGCAAGGAGACACUGCAAGAAGGAAUGUAGUCUGCCAAGAUACAAGCACUGCUUGCUCUAUAAAAAGUUGAUGUCUUUGAAAAUAACUGAUACUGAUAUAAGACCGAAGAUCAGUUUAAAAUUUGGUACAAAAGAUGAAAUGCCUAUCUUCAAACUUGAUUAUAAUUAUUUCUAUCAUCUGCUUCAUAUAAUUAUUGUUUCUGGUACUGACAUUGUUCGGCAAAUAUUUGAUGAGGCUCUGCCACCCCCUCUUUUGAGAAAAGAGCUUCUUAUACACAAGAAUGUACUGGAGCCCUACUACAACCAUCUUUGGACCAAUCACCCUUUGGGUGGAGCAUGGCAUCUGCUUUAUCCCCCAAACAAGGAGCUACCACAGUCCAAACAGUUUGACUUAUAUCUCCUAUUAGCUCUCAUAAAACAUUUGAAUGUGUUCCCUGCACCCAAAAAAGGCUGGAAUAUGGAACCACCACCUUCUGAUCUCUCUAAGUCUGCAGACGUCUUGAGGCUGUGCAAAUACAGGGAUAUCCUCCUUAGUGAGAUUUUGAUGAAUGGUCUCACUGAGUCACAAUUCAAUUCAAUUUGGAAAAAAGUUUCAGAUAUUCUUCUGCGCCUUGGGAUGAAGAAAGAAGAUAUUGACAAAGUGAAGGAGAACCCCAUUGAGAAUAUCUCCCUUGAUUACCAUCAGCUGUCCAUCUACCUAGGCAUACCCGUACCAGAAAUCAUCCAGAGGAUGCUAUCCUGCUAUCAACAAGGAAUUGCUCUACAGUCAAUAACCGGCAGUCAACGUAUUGAAGUAGAAGAGUUACAAAAUGAAGAAGAACUAAGUCCACCUCUUAUGGAGUACAAUAUAAAUGUGAAGUCAAUCCCUGAAAUACAGUUAGCAGAAAUGAAUAAAGAUGGGGCAUCGAUACUGAGUGAAUCUUCAACAGAAUCUAUUAAAGACCUCCAGGAAGUUAAGAGUAAACCAAAGAAAAAGAAAAAGACCAAGAAUAAGAAGAAUAAGGAAUCAAAAGAAGAGCAAGUCCCAAAUAUGAUAGGAAAGGAAGAGCAGUUGAAGAAAGAACAAGCAAAUCUGUAUGCAAUCAGUAGAUUUAUGAAAGAUGAUGCAAGCAAUAUUCAAGAUUUUACAACUGAAGACAAGUUCUAUAGUCUGGAUGAAUUGCAUAUUCUGGACAUGAUACAGCAGGGCUCAACCAAGAUAACUACAGAAUAUGGGGAAACUGAGAAGGAAAAGCUCGCUCGACAACGGCAGCUUUGUAAAUUGCACUAUCAGUGUGAAGAUUUCAAAAGACAGUUGAAAACAGUGACUUUGUGGUGGCAAGAAAACCAAAUGCAGAUUAAAAAGAAAGAUAAAAUCAUCGCAUCUCUUAACCAACAAGUGGCUUUUGGAAUCAGUAAGAUGUCCAAAUUACAGCGUCAGAGCCAUGCUAAAGAUAAUGAGAUUAAGAACCUUAAAGAGCAACUUUCUAUGAAAAGAUCUCAGUGGGAAAUGGAGAAGCAUAAUCUGGAAAGCACGAUUAAAACAUACUUAAACAAACUGAAUGCAGAAACUAGCAGGGCUUUAACAGCUGAGGUAUAUUUCUUACAGUGUCGUAGAGAUUUUGGUUUGCUUCAUCUAGAGCAGACUGAAAAGGAAUGCCUCAGUCAGCUUGCCAGGGCGACUCGUAUGGCAGCAAGCAACCUAAAAUCACUCCAAUUAAAGGCUGCAGUAGACAGUUGGAAUGCCAUUGUGACAGAUGUUAGAAACAAGAUUACAUUCCUCAGGACACAAUACAAUGAACAGAUUAGCAAGGUGAAGCAAGGGUUUGCCUUGAGUACACUGCCUCCAAUCCAUCUUCCUCCACCACCUCCCAGUCCUGAGAUACUGAUGCAGCAGUUCUUGGGAAGACCCAUCGUGAAAGAAUCUUUCUUUAGACCCAUACUCACUGUUCCUCAAAUGCCUGCCGUUUGUUCUGGAAUUGUCUCUGCAACUGGUCCAUCUAGAUCUCCCUUGAUGACUAGCAUAGCCUGGACACUACCAGCUCCUGUGGGAGAAGCUAUGCCUCCCAGUGCCAGUCUAGGAAGUGAUCCCCUUAUGAUGAAUUGGGAGAAGAUUACAGAGAGGCUGAAAACUGCCUUUCCACAGCAGACCAGAAAGGAGCUUACAGAUUUCUUACGGAAAUUGAAGGAUACUCAUGGGAAGUCCUUAUCUGGACUGACAUUUGAUGAAAUUGUUCACAAGAUUUCCCAAUUUAUUGACCCCAAGAGAUCUCAGAGUCAAGGAAAAUUAGUGCCAAAUGGUAACCGUGUUUCACCUAGCCAUACUCCAUCACAGGCUAAUGCUACCCAGCCCUCAAAACCAGCCCAGAGGCCCCUUGGUUCACAAGGCUCUGUCACACAGGAAGGAGCUAAUCAUUUGGAUGAUGAGGAAGAAGAGCCUUGUGUGAUCUGUCAUGAGAAUCUCUCUCCAGAUAACCUCUCAGUUUUGCCUUGUGCACAUAAAUUCCAUUCUCAGUGCAUUAGACCUUGGUUGAUGCAACAGGGAACCUGCCCAACCUGCAGACUCCACGUUUUGCUACCAGAAGAAUUUCCAGGUCACCCCAGCCGGCACUUGCCCAAGAUCUGAUUCAGCAGGGUGACUAUGCAAAGGAAGUUCAAUUUUCAGACUCCAGAAUUUAGUUUUCCACUUAUUUGAGCUGAUAGUAUGAGUGCUGUGAAGUGGUAUGUUCGUCAGUAUUAUUCAAAAUAAGCUAGCUAAUCUCAUCAAAGCUGCAGCCAAAGAGGAGAGGACAAAUCUUCAGGACUGUGAACUGAACUGAAAGGAUUUAAAGAAGAUAAAAUUUUGAAAGUUACAUUAGAUUUGCCCUUAUUUUAGUAGAUAUUUUCUUCCAACUUAAACGUGAUUACUGUUAACAUGUAUCUUAGGAUGUCUUCUCUUUUCCUUAUUCCACUCAUCCUUUACUUUCUCCUGAAUAUGCUACACUUUAAUUCCUGUACUAAAUGUAAACAAGAGUAAGAAAAUUCCUCAGAUUUCAGUGUUCCUUUUAACUUUUAAAAUUACUUAUAAAAUAUGUUAUUUAUUUAUGUUUUAUCUCUAUCUUCCCCAUUCUUUCCUAUUCUCUAAAAUAUGUAUCUGUGAAUAGAUUAUGAGCUACUUGAGGUUGAGGACCAACCACUGAUGUCUUGGAGCUGGCUUAUAUACUGUACUGGUUUGUGAGAGAUAAUUCUUAGUUUUCGGAAUUUUGUGAAACAGUUUUUCAAACUAUUAUUAGCUUGAAAUCUGGUAUUUUACACCACAGAAAUUGGUGAAUGCUAUAGGUAAGGGCUUUUUUUCCCUUCCCCCCAAAAGCUUGUUAUUAAAGAUUUACCAGCACACCACUGGGACCAUGCCUGAUGAUUCUUACUGUUCUCAGUGUCUUGCACAGUAGAUACACCAUAAAUAGCCCCCCAAAUCAGAAAUCAGAAAGCGGUAAGAAAAUUAUUAUGCAAAUUAAGCCACUUGCUUAUUUAAAUAACUUUACUUGUAAACAUGCUCUUUGGACCUUAAUCAUUUAUGCUUUGGAGGGAUUUUUUUUCAGCCUUAAAAGUUUCUGAUUUCACUUUCUCAUGCAUGGGUGGUAUCCUGUUUGUGUGUGGUUGUCUUUUAUGACAGAGUUGACACCCACUGAGCUAAGUGGCACAUUUAAAGCUUGUCAUUGAGAACUUUCAUUCUUAGAGGUCAAAAAUAUUAUUUUGAAAUUAGUACUGUGUAAAUGUUGUGUUAUACAUAUCUCUAGCUUCAAAAUUAUUAAUAAAAGAAUUCAGUUACUUUGUAAGAGAAAUGUUACUUGGUUCGUAUUAUUUUCCAUAAAUUAAUGAAAUUCAUUCUGUGAAUAAGUGUUUCCUGACUCAGCAACUAUUUUACCUUUAUAUUUCACUAUAAAUGUAUCUGGAAGUUAUUUUAAAUCUCUGCUUAAAAUUACUAUUUCUGAAAUUGUAUGAUGUUUUCUUCUCUAAUGAGAAUAGACUGGACAAGGUGAAAGAAAAUACCCCAAAGUGAAGGCAGUCAUCUAGAUUUGUUAAGUGCCAAAAAAGUCUUAGAAUUAUACAAUUCAGAACAGGGCCUUUAAUAAUUAUCUCAUCUAACACCUCAAGAUCAUGGUCAUAUAGCAGAUUACCUUGUAAAACAUUUUUUAGUGUAUGUUUACAAUUGUAUUUACACUUUCAUGUGGGAAAGAAUAAAUGUUUCAUAAUUGAAUGCC